UUUGGAUAGGCGGAAGACUAGCCAUAAAGAAACUUGUAAAGAGUCAAAAUAUUGAAGAAGGAAGAUGAAGCUUUCUGAGUAUUUUGCACGAAUUGGCUACACAGGAUCUUCCGACAACACUGACCUGGAGACACUUAGCAGAAUACUUGAAAAACAUGUCACAUCUAUUCCCUAUGAAAAUCUCAGUCCACACUGUGGAGAAACAAUUGAGCUCAACAUGGAAGCGAUCUUUAAUAAAAUGGUGAGGAAGCAUCGAAGUGGUUGCUGUGUGGAAAAUAAUGCAUUAUUCUGGUGGGUACUAAAGGAGAUGGGAUACGAAGUGAUGUUUAUACCAGUAAGAUUGUACAAACCAGCAAAGGAUACUUAUGAAUCCUACCCAUCUCAUUGUGUCCUCAUAGUCACCAUUGAUUCCAAGCGUUACAUGGCUGAUGUGGGCUUUGUUUCAUCCAACUACACGCGACAACCCCUGGAGCUGGUAUCAGGCAAAGAGCAGACUCAGUUUCCAGGGACAUUCCGUCUGACUGAAGAUAACAAUAUCUGGUAUAUGGAUAAAACUGUAAGAAAAUUUUACAUUGAAGGUCAAAGCACUAACAGUGAGUCUCUGCAGAACCAACCUUCCUCCCAAAAACUGUUCUGCUUUGACCUCAAACCUUGUAGAAUUGAGGAUUUUCAAGACAAAUUAACCUACUUAUUAACAACUCCUGGGGCCAUGUUUAAAGAAUUAUCCUUUGUUUGCUAUCAAACCCCGAAUGGCAUAAAAACUCUGAAGGGUACAACCUACACUGAACAGAUCUAUAAUGGGAAAGAUGGAAAGGACCUGAGAACCUCCGUAACUCUGACUGAAGAGGAAUUACAACAUGCAAUCAAGGAGACAUUCAACUUGAUUUUGGACAAGAAGAUAACACCUGUGAAUAAUUUUACUUGUUUCCUGAUUGAAUAACAUCAGAUGAUAAUCUCCAGCAUCAUAUUUCCUCUUCUGAAAGUUAAUGUAUUAUAGGAGUUCAGAUCUGUCAGGUUUACCAAUUUCAUUGGGGAAUAAAUCAGUAAUUUUAUUAGGACUUGUACAAUAAUAUCACGAAUGAAAAAUCAAUUUAUAGAUUUAAAGAUUAAUCAUUUUAUAGCUAAAUGAUGGCAAUUUAUAGAUUUACCUUUUGUUUUAUUGGGGUGAAGUGAAAUCAGUUUACUGGUUUCAAAGGAUGCUGCUCUCCAUUGUAUUGAUGACAUAAUAUGCAAACUACUCAUCUAAAAUCUCAUCAACUAAUUAAAAGCCUUGGAUUUUGUUUUCAGAGAAAAAUAAUUUAAAUAAGCUGGGACAUUAUAAAAUGAAAAUUUACUAAGGGAUUUCCAAAUAGCAUUAUCUAAAGCAGCUUGAAAAGUUAAUCUUGGGGUAAAUACCUGAACAUGAAUAUUAAUCCACUAGAAAGUAUAGCCGACAUUGAGAUCUUCAAGUAUCUCUGGUGAUGAAGCUUUUCAAAUACCUUUUGUUGCUGAAACAAAAGUUUAAAUCUGUAAUGUGUCCUCCAGGGGAGGAUUUCUGUAGCAAAGAAUAGCACGGGGAUAUCUGAGAAUGAGCCAUCAAAAUUCUCUGGAAAAAAUUGAUUGUCGUUUUUGUGAUCCAACAGCCAGGUACAAAAACCUCCUGUGAGAAGCUGUCUUUAUAAACCUGCUGGUAUUGCUCCAGGGGGAAAAAGACAGCCAAAAGCUUGGAGGAGUAUCCAGUAACAUCAAGAAGAAGGAAUUUCUGUGCUGACUGCAUUCUGCAAAAAAAGUGAUCAUUCCUGAGAGAAAGUUGAUGGCAAACCAAGAGAUUUCCACAUUUUUAAAAGCUGACAUAUAACUGUUUCCAGAUGAACUACCAGUUCAGCAUUUAAUUCCUUCAUU